UAUGACACCUAUAUGGAAUAUGUUUCUCGCUCUGGGGCUUGGCUAGCACGAGGGUUCUAGUUUGAUUUGGAAACUUAUAAGCCCUUAGUUGCUGUCACUAUCUCCGGUAGUAUGGUUUUGAUCUACAGUACGCAGUCGCCAGACUUUAAUACUGCCUUUUAUCCUUGAUAAGUCUACGAAUAGCAAAAGCCACCAUGUCUGACUCGGGAAGUGCCUUCCGCUUCGGUCUCUUUUUCGCCCGCCUUUUCCAAUGGAUAAGUGCGGUCAUUGUACUUGGCCUUACUGCAUGGGCUACUGUUCACUUGGACGGCUACCGGGUUGUCUACACACUGGUGAUUGCAGCCCUGACCACCGCGUUCUAUAUUCCGGCAUUCUUCCUCUCCUUUAUGAAAAGUAACCGUGGGUACAUGUUACCGAUGGAUGUUGUCUUCUCAUACCUCUGGCUAGCAGCCUUUAUAUUCCUUUCUCAAGCCAACAACACUUGCAGCUGGUUCGUCUGGACAGCCUCCAGGGCCUGUGCAAGGAAGAAUGCCGCUGAAGCAUUCACCUUCCUGGCUUUCUUCUGGACUCUCUGUGGUAUGUGCCUCGAAGCAGGAAAUGUUUAUUACUACCUCAGAGAUGCACGAGGAGCCGGGCCAAAUCCCGGGUAUAUAGAGAAACAUCGACCAGGCCGUAACGGCAGCGCUCCUGGUUCCCAGGCCCCGGAUGGCGAUCAUGCCGCAGUUUGAGGGAGAGUGGACAGUUCAAAGAAUAUGCAGGCAGAGGUGUAGGGGAUGCUUAGUGGAGUGCAUGGCGUGGUUUCCGUCAUUUGAAUUGUGAAAGCAUCUGUCUCUCACGGUUGCAGCCUUCAUG